AUGCCCAGAGUAGCAAUUAUUGGUGCUGGCCCCUCCGGCCUAGUCACAGCCAAGACUCUGCUCCAGGACUACCCGGAUUUCUCACCAGUGAUAUUCGACUACCAACAUCAAGUCGGUGGUCUUUGGAAUGUCUGUCCAGAUCCCAAUCAGCCCGUCACGCUAGACCCGCGAAUGCCAACCAAUCUCAGUCGCUUCACAGUGGCUUUCUCGGAUCUUGAUUGGGAGUCGGUGCUAGAUGAGGUUCCGAUUUUUCCUCGGGCUAAACAGGUCGCUCAAUACCUAUCUUGUUAUGCGAAGCGAUAUGUCCCAAACGAGAUCCUCAGGUUGGGGUGCAAAGUUGUGGCGACAGAGCGCAAGGCCGACGAUGGCGUGAAGUGGAAUGUCCAAUGGCUUCAGAAUUUUGGCACACCGACAGAAAAGCUUUGUUCGGAGGAUUUCGACUUUCUCGUCAUCGCCUCGGGAUUCUUUGCAGAAAAACAUGUCCCCGGUAUACCAGGACUGGCGGAGUUCUCCGACCAUGUCAUUCACAGUUCUACUCUUCAUCAACGUCGCGAUAAUUUGUCCCAUGCUCUUGGGCAUAAUGAUACGCAAAGCACAACGCUCGUCAUCGGUGGUAGUAUGUCGGGCGUCGAGGCCGCAUCUGCUGCAGCUCUUGGCCAAUCAUCCUCUGCCCUUUCUACUCAUACACGAGAGAUUCCGGCCGUCCAGAACAAAGUGCAUCACAUACACUCGCGGCCUUUCUGGGCUCUACCAACCUACCUCCCCCAUGGGCCUGAAGAGAAUCCCUCAUUUCAACCACUGGACUUGGCCAUGUACGACCUGAGUCGCCGGCCCGCGGGGCCAAUAGAGUACGCCUUGGGGCCUAUCCUGGAAGAAAAGAUAGCCAAAACGAAUGGGUAUUUCCAAGGUUUGCUAGGAGACGAUUAUAAGACAUAUGCGCACAUGUCUGCGGGACAGACUAAGAUCCAGCCUCCGUGGGUUGCCAUCGGUAAUGACUACGCUGAGUUUGUCCGAGCUGGGGCUAUUCAAACAUCGAUGGGUCGGGUCAUUUCUGUACACCCCGGCACCAGACUUGCUUCUGUGCGAUACGCUGAACUAAACGGAGAUAUCAAGACGAUAGACAAUGUUGGAACAAUCAUCAUGGCCACAGGGUUCACACCUUUCAAAGCCCUUUCACUACUGCCAGGCUCCGUACUCUCGAAACUCGAGUAUUGCGAGACAGACCCCUUCUCCCCAUUGAUUCUCGACAAAGGCGGCACGGUGCGUUCCGAAAUUCCAGACGUUGGAUUCGUCGGCUUCUACCGAGGCCCGUACUGGGGUAUAAUGGAAAUGCAAGCCCGAUUCCUCGGGCACCUCUGGUCCGGAACCGAACCAGUCUACACAGAAGAGCAAAAGGCAAGUCUCCGCCGUAUCAGGGCCGCGGACCCAGACCUGGCACGAGGCCAAUUUCCGAUGGGCGACUAUGUAGGCUUGAUGGAGACCUUCGCCAAGGAAUUGGGUAUCCGUCGCUCAGUCUUGGAUGGCGACCAGUCUGGACCUGUGAUCCCUGCUCGCUACCGUGACACGUCAACGGGUCAGGGACGAGGGAUGGCCAGCGAGAACGAAGCGACUAGAACGUUGGGUGCAUUGCGGGAUGCGCUGCAUGGGGCUGCAGCUCGGACGGGGGCGGCUUCGGCGAUCUUCCGGGCUUUGCAUGGAAAGUGGAAAUCCCUGCAUACUUCAGGGAUUGAUGAAACGGCUUGUGAGGUGGUUUUUUAUCCACGGUAUCCGACUAGUCCGGCUUAUGACAGGGAGUACGUGGUUGAAACGGGGGUGUGUGUGACUGGAUGGUCAUGGGAGAAAACAUUUUCUAUCAUGCGCUUGGCGGAAACGCCAUUUCGUGCUACUUCGAUCGAGAUGUGGUCGGUGAGCUUGGCGGAUGGGUUUGAAGCGGAUUGCAUUUCCGAGCGUUGGUCUUUGACCCCUCUCCGUCGAGAAUUGAAUGGUGAGUCUACUUCUGGGGGAUAUGUGAUAUCCGCGGAAAGUGUUGGGCCUUCUGGAGGUACGCUUUUGUACACUUUCCACUUCAAAGGUGUUUCAAUUUCAACCUGGGAGUGUGUGGAAUUGGAAGGUUCCACUGGACACACCUCGGAACUUGAUGGACUGAAGUACAGAUCACGAACUGUUUACAAAAGAUAG